AUGGCUUUCCUUGCUGAUCCGACAUGCCUGACUGCCGCCCUACUACAGCUGGAAGAGUUGGGGAGGUUUAGGACGCAGCAAAAAGGAAAGGGCCGUGAAGGUGAUGUCAAUGACUUGGACAUCUCUGUUGACUGUCUUGAGCAUGAGCUCGUAGGCUUGAUUCAAGUUUUCUACGACCGCGAAGAUUGUCGCCUCGUCUUUGCGCAGCCAAGCACCGCAGAACAAGCUUCGCUUAAACAGUUCUACGCCCAGCAGCCCGCCGAGACGAUAGCUGGACCAGCAAAACAAUCUAGCCCUCCUCAACUGCCUCGAACACCGACCCCGCCACCUAUUGUCGUCGUCUCCAGCAGCGCCGUGGCUAAAACUCUGUACGCCAAUGCUUCUACUCAGACUGCGCCGCACACGGCGGUUCGUGACGCAUCUACUCAGUUCCAGCUAGACUCGAACAUCACAACGAAUGGCAGCGCGAUGUUGGAGGAUGAGGCGCCGGGCAAAACUCCAAGCGGAGAGGACAAGGCAAGCAAUGCCACGGCUUCAGCCGUCGACGAUCUUUCGGCGGAGAGAAACCUUGCAAUGAUAAAAGUCUUGAAGUGUUUGGUCAGCCUCAAGCUUCAAGAUCAGGUUAAAUCUGUUAUAGAGAUCGAUCAAGUCAUGACCACGGCGGAGUGCGUCGCAUGUGGCGACAGAUACGUCGAAAAGCUGGUUUUCAGCGCGCCAUGUGCGCACAAGUACUGUCCAGAGUGUCUCGUCUCACUUUUUCAGGCGUCAACUACGGAUGAGUCACUAUUUCCGCCACGCUGCUGCCGAGAGGUGAUUCCGCUUGAGGGUGCUGUCUGCGAGCAACUUCCUACGAAGCUGAUUCUCGAACUUGAGAGGAAGCAGGUGGAGUUUUCCACGACAGACAGGACCUAUUGCUGUGGCGGCUCCUGCGGCAAGUUUAUUCCUCCGAGGGAAAUUGUGUCGCAGCGCGGAUACUGCUGCGCGUGCCAGCUGUUGACAUGCACCAUCUGCAAAGGUGCGAUACACGAAGGUCUGUGCCCUGACGAUCCGGCCAAGAAAGAGCUUCUGGCCGCAGCCAGAAACAAUGGCUGGCAGCAAUGCUAUGGUUGUCAGAAUCUGGUCGAGCUGGCAAUCGGCUGCAACCACAUAACUUGCCGCUGCGGAAGUCAGUUCUGCUACAACAGCUUGUUGGCAGAGGUCUGUUUGGCGGACGCGACAACGAAAACGCUCUGGGACAGGCGGAAGUUCACAUAA